AUAGAGCAGGUGAGCCAGCUGGCAGCUCUGGUCCAGGCUCAGUUGGAGUAUCACAGCCGAGCAGCAGAAAUCCUGCAGCAGCUCUCCAGCAAGAUGGAGGACAGGAUAAAGGAAGUGUCCAGUAAACCCAGGAAGGAGUACGCUCCCAAACCCCGCCUGACCCUGGAGCUGCUGCCCCCCAGUCAGAGCCACAACGGGGGGAUACACUCGGCCAAAUCCCCCGGAAGAUCACCCGCCCCCAUGGACCAGCCCUGCUGCCGAGCACUCUACGACUUCGAGCCAGAGAACGAGGGCGAGCUGGGCUUCAAAGAGGGCGACGUCAUCACCCUGACCAAUCAGAUCGACGACAACUGGUACGAAGGCAUGACACACGGCCAGUCGGGCUUCUUUCCCAUCAACUACGUGGAUAUCCUGGUGCCGCUCCCUCAUUAGGACGUGGCAGUGACCUGCCCCCCCCCCCUCGUCCAAUCCAGAACAAAACAGCCUGUAUUUGUAUAAUAGACAAACCACGUCCCUCUUCUUCUUCUGUGCUUCUGUGCCAUCCUGCUUUCACAAAGUGGACCGAACCGAGAGAAGAGCCUGAGGUGGGGUGGACGAGAAGAGACAAGGCGGCAGGACGGUGAUUGGAGGAGAAGGGGGGGGGGGRGGGGUAUUAGGUUGAGAGUUGCAGGAGAGAGCGAUUGAGACAACGAAGAGAUGAUGAUCGUUCACAGCACAUUCCUCGACCGCGCAGCGAUGGAAACCAACGAGACUUACAAAUAAGACACGGUGUUUACGUUGGUGCAUGAUUGUGUCUGUGUGUGUUUCCACUUGUUUCUCUGUCACGAUCAAACCAGCACAAACUCCUGCUCGUCACUUCAACCGCCUGACAGGUUUCCUUCCAUCCAGUGAUUCUGUCUUUUCUACCAUGACUUGCCUUCCUGUGCUUUUCAAGAAAUGUCCCAGAAAUGGACAUUCCCUCCUUCCUUCCUUCCUUCCCUCCUUCCUUCCUUGCCUCCUCUCUUGGCUAGCACUGCCUUUUAGCAUGGCUCCAAACUGAAUAGAAACCACUAACCCAUGAGCUGCAGGCGGUCAUCAGACCCUCUGUUUGUAGAGGAUAUCUCGUACUCUUUCUCAUGCUUCUUCUAACGUACUUGUUCUCUGCCUCUCUGAGUCGAUUCUCGUCUCGGUGGCUGAAUGCAUGAAGCAGCCAAAGGUUUGAGCGACGGUGAAGUUUAGUUAGAGUGUGUCUGUGGAGUGAAGCCGUAUCUGCAAUAAGUGGAUUUUUCCCAGAUGAGAAUUAUCGUCUUGAAAUGAUCUCGUGGACGUUCAUUCAACACGUCAGCUCAAUUAAAGAGAAGGAAACCUCUGGGUUUCACGGUUUACCCGACAGCAGCGAUAUGCUAACACAACCAGUUGCACUGAACAGGACCCUUCUCCAGGUUAUUGUAUUUUCAACUUGUUUCAGUGUUCAGAGGAAAAGAUGCUUGUUUUUUCUUUCCGUGCUAAAUCCAGUAUUUUUUGUGUAUUGUGUGGAGUCGUCUUCUUCGUGGCUUUUGCAUGCAGGACUGCGUGAACAGUGGUAGCUGCUCUUAUCAUCUUCACUCCAGAACCCAAGUUCCUUGAGUGUUCAACCUUGUUCCUUUUCACUGCCUUGCAAAAGGGCACUUGAGUCGUUGACGAUCUUCCACUGCCACGACCAACUGGGAAAACCCACAUACAGGACGACCUACUGCUCAUUUCUUUUUUAAUUUCUUUGUCAGCGUCUUUACUUCUGAUGAAUAUUCAACAACCCACAUGUGGAAACCCCAAAGUUCUCUGAAGUUCAGGACAUUUUUCUUGAAACAUUAGCGUCACUAGAAUUUAGAGUCCUGGUAAAAUUUUGAAACCUCCAGGUUUGUGUUUUAGUCUGGACAAACAGAAACUGAGACC